CAAAUAUUGUAUGCCACUCAAGCACAGCCAGUUGAUAGCUUUUACAACGUAUCUUCCUCGGCUUGUCUGCCUCACACCCACGACACCAAUUCCUGUGACAUCGCGUGUGGUUAUUUCAACGUAUUUUUGCCCUUUCCACAUAACGGGUAUCUCCAAUUUCUGAAUUCAAAAUAACCAACUAUAAAAGUUACCUCAGGUUUCAGCAUGGCGGCAGCAGCUUCGGCAUCGACGUCAACGUCAUGGCUAUUGACUACAGUCACAAAAUCAAUCACCACCACCAUCUCGAGUAAAACAUCGGAGACCACAAAGACCACGGACACCACCCUCACGCAGUCCUUGGGAUACGAUAUUGUCAAUGGAAUUACGAUAAACUCAACAUGGGGCCCGGAAAUUCCUUCCAAACCUGCUUCGUCAACAGGCACUGGGCAUCAUAUUCAAACAUCUUCUGCGGUGUCGACUACCCUGUCGGAUAACCGAAUAUCAGGGAACACGCCAUAUUCAACCUCAAGCGCGAGGCCAACUGUGAGUCCCGGUGUGCGUUCUGGAGCAGCCGCAGGCAUUGGUAUUGGUUGCGCCGUUGCUGGUCUUGUAAUUGGAGCAUUGGUGGCUUUCUUCCUGCGCCGUCGGCAGCGCAAACAACGGCAACCUGAAAAUUUGCCGAUGGAAUAUGACGGGAAAGAGAAAGACUUUCCUAAUGUUCCUGUGGCUGGAGAUGUUCGCUUAGACCAGUUUCUCCUCGACAGCAAGCCAGACAGGGACCUGACAACCGAACUGAGGUCCUUGAGUGAUUUGAUCCAGCAACACGUCGAGAGUAAUUACCACCUUGAACCAGUUCAGAGAAGCCCCAAUGCUCUGGCUCCGGCUUUGGCCAAUCUUGGGAUAUCUCGGACUGGAGGACUUACGACUAGUCACCUCGCUGCUCUGGCACUUGACCCAAGGACCAGAUACCCGGCUUUGCAACAUGUCAUCGCAAGAGCUACCUUUGAGAGCACCGCUCUACAGAGCGACUCUUCCAUAUCUCUUCUACCAGAAUUCACGGGUUCAUUUGCGCAUGCGGUGCCACCAGUUGAACCGCACCGAGGAAGUUCUGAAGCGGUUGCUGCUGCUUUCUCAAAAUGGAGACAGCUUUCUGCCUUCCUCCUGAAUCCUCAUCGCAGCGAGCGAACUCCUCUUACACCGACCGAGGAUGUCAGUACGCAGCAAGCAACGCAGCUCGCCGCUGCGCUCAACAAAUUCCUCGGGCCCUUCAUUGCGGGCGAUCGCGAGAGCGGAUAUGAGCAAGAGAACCAUUUGCGCGAGGUCAUUGUUGAAUGCGCUUCCUUGGGCUAUGUGUUGUUCUCCCAGCCACAGGAGUACAGGUUCCGUUUUGACAGCGAUGGGAGACAAGUAGGCAUUGUGGUCCACCCUGGUUUAGAUAGAGUGCGUGAUGAGGAGGGUCGAAAGUACCCUUCACCUCAGAGACUAGCUACACCGAUUGUGAGAGGCAUUUGAGUGCACACGAAUAGGUUUCAGCUGCGUAACUUACAAAUUUUGGUUGAUAACAGUUGAUUUCAUUUGAAACGAAUCAUUUUGAAAUCCAAUUCAUGUAAUAGGCCGUAGAAAUCAGCGGCCGGCAUGAAGAUGCGCGGAGUCUCCAGAGAACAAUCUAAUGUGUGGAUGAUUGACUGGAAAACUGGUACCCGUAAGUUGGGUUGGUGAGCUCAAGCGAAUCCGAAAUACGUGGCGCGUGGCACGGGUAGGGGGCGCAGCAAAGAUCUCAAGAAUUCCGGGACGAC